AUGGCUGGACGUUAUGAGAGGGUGAAUGCCCAAGACGAAGACGACUUCAACAGCCUUAACCCCGCUCCGUCAAGACACCCGCAGCCCAUACCAAACUCGCCUCCUCCUUCCUUCCACUCGAGAGCGUCUUCGCGCGACCGCGAUGCCCGCCGAGUCGACACGACGCUCGCCGACGCAUUCGAUACCGACGGUGACGAUAGCGAUGACGACGCCGACGACCGACAAAGAUUAGUCCGCGCUGACUCGUCCCUCGCCUCGGCCGACGCGCAGCGCAACCCCUCCUCCGAUGGGAGACCCCACACUGAUAGGCAGAUCACCCAAUUUCCCCCCUCGACGACAGCAUCGGCUGCCGAUGCCCCUGCGACUCCGUUCCGCAUCUACGGUAGCGGCAUCCAGAAUGAGGGCGUCUUUUCCAACUUGACGGCCAAGCCGGAACGUGGUGGCCAGACGAAGGAGGAGCAACCUCCGACGUAUGAGCAAGCCGCUGCCGAUGCGGCGCCGCCUUACUGGGAGACGACCAUUCUGGCUCCCGGCCUCGGCGGGCCUGAUGAAGUUUACAUCGACGGCAUGCCGGUCGGGUCUCUCUUCAGCUUCCUUUGGAACGGCAUGAUCUCCAUGUCGUUCCAGGUCGUCGGCUUUAUUCUCACCUACCUUCUCCACUCAACCCACGCCGCCAAGAAUGGAUCGCGUGCUGGUCUCGGCGUCACUCUAAUACAGUAUGGUUUCUAUAUGAAGGGCACGACGGAAGGCGACCGGCCGCCCAAGAUGAACGGCCAAGACGGAUACGCUGCACCGCCGGACCCCAACUCGCACAACUUUGACCCCAACGCGGUGACGGGCGAGGGCGGUGGCGGCGUGACGGACAUUACGGGACAGGAGUGGAUCGCGUAUAUCUUGAUGGUAGUUGGGUGGUUCAUUCUCAUCAGGUCUCUCAGCGACUAUUUGAAGGCGCGGCGCCAUGAGCAACUGGUUUUGCAGAGCCCCGACCGCGGGCUGCCAGUGCCCAUCAUCGCCGAUGGCGAGUCUUCGGAGAGGGUGGUAUAG